AGGAGCGUCGGUGACACUUACAAUGUACGACCAUGGAUUGAACCUAGGCGAAGAGCUUGACCUCAUCUGGCUCGGGCGAUGGUCCGUGCUAUCGGCUUUUGUGCUAUUCGACUUGUAUGUAAGAGAAGUUGGAAUGAUCUUCAUCGCCACAGUCAGCGGAGGCUUCGUUCAUAUGUCUAGGCACGUGAGUAAACCGAACUCCCCGAUUGGUGCAGCACUCAUGCGGCUACACAGACGUAGGCACAGAUGCACAGUUUUCUCCAUGUUCGCGAUUUCCUACGGGAUUUGGUGCACGAUUUCUGCCCAUACUGUCGUCUUCUUCCGAGUAUACAGGUUGUGGGAUGACCGCAAGAAGGUUUCGUGUGCACUAAUAGCGGGGUUCAUCGCGUGCUUCGGUGCCACUGUUGUCUUCACUGUCCUUGCCGGUGUGCAGGUCUUGGCGGGUAUGCGAUAUGUGGCGAGCGCGAAUAUAUGCUCAUAUGAAGAUAAGUCAUGGUACACAACAGGUAUAUGGGCGCCGAUGGUCCUCUACGAUUUAUACGUCCUCAUCCUUGUAUUCGUCAACGUCCUCAGUAGACCGCGUAGGCAAAACUCUCAACUUGCUACGAUGCUUUACAGGGAUGGAUUCAUUAUGUUUCUGGUGCCGCUGCGUGUGGCCAGGCUACUGCCCAGCAUAUUCACCGGUGCAGAGGAUGUUUUCAUCGCACCUAUGUGAGUCCCGCAUGCUCCCCGCGUCUUCCCGCGUAGCCACUGUUCCCUUGACAACGCUGAACUAGGAUCUCUUGGGCACUUGAGGCCGCCCUAGCUCGUCGCCUCUUCAUGUGGGUGAAAAGUCUCCAAUCUGAGAGCGGCAAUGUGUACCUGUGGAACUCGCCACAGAAGCAGCCUCCUGGAGUGUCGGCCGCGAGAAUUCCGCUCGUAUCGACUGUUCAAGUCUGGGAGGAAGUGGAAAUGCAGGUAUUAUAAGCUAGUAGCCUGGGAUUUAAGAUCGA